CAACCCUGGUUGCAUGGACGGUCACGCUGGUUGAAAUAUUUAUUUUGUAAAUAAAUUGCAGCCAAUAAAUUCGAAUAUGAAUUGCUGCAUUUGCCAGUUUUCUGUGCGCGUGCCCAAGGACAUCCAUACGGAGACUGUUGGUCAUCCGCCGGUGCUGAUAAGCGAUGUGGUCUUGCAAUGCACCAGAGGCACGGACUACGUCCUGGCGGAGGAAUCCUCAACUAUCUGCAAAAAGUGCUGUGAGAAGCUGACCCGGUACCACAAGUCCAUACAAAUAGCUCGUAAGCUGCGCCAAGAAAUUCUGGAGCUCAUCCACAGUCCCUACAUGUCCACGGACAUUAAGCAGGCAACUUUCAAGGAGGACGAUGUCAGUAGAGAAGUUUCUAUAACGAAGUUUGAUGGGAACAUCGAGGAAGUAGAUGAUCAUGAUCAGGAGGGACAAGAACUGGAGGACGUGGAUACGUCCGCUGAAGCCGUUACUGUUUUGGAUCCCUCUAGUAUCGAGGAGGAAGUAGCCGAGGAGGAACACACCUUUAUAAUAAAACAAUCAGAGGAGGAUGAAGAGUUUCACUCUGUAGAUCUAGAACUGGACAUCGAUAACGAGAUUAUUAUAAACGAGGAGGAAGCCCACGAGGUAGAGGAGGAGUUGAUGCCACAUGCCAAGCAUGAUACCCAGGAAACUCAUUUUUUUAAAGAAGACACAAUAAGCGACUUUGACGAUCAUUUAGACGGCACAAUAGAAUACAUAAUAUCUGAUGGAGACGACCAGGACCAGGAUCAGGACAGCUCUGGCGAGUAUACUGUGAACAUACAAUGUCCCAGCUGUCCGGAGAAGUUCACUAGCCGGCGCGCUUACAACGCCCACACGAAACGGGAGCACUUCCCAGGCUAUGUCUGUGAUCAAUGCGGCAAAACGCUGCAGUCGUACUCCGGAUUUAUAGGUCACCUCCAAAACCACGAGCCAGUGAAACAAUUCGCCUGCCCUGUUUGCCCCGAGAGAUUUAGCCGCAAGUUUCGGCUUAAGCACCACAUGGCCUGGCACACCGGCGAAACGCCCUACCAGUGCGAAAUCUGCUCCAAGAGAUUUGUUCACAAGGUGGCUCUUUAUAAGCACAAGAUGAUCCACGACAACGAAACCAAGCGACUAGAGUGCCAAGUUUGCGGCUUCAAGACUCGGACCAAGGCUCACCUCGAGCGGCACAUGCGAUCCCACACAGGCGAUAAGCCCUUUGCCUGUCCGGUGUGCAAUAAGCGCUUCUCUCAGAUGUACAACAUGAAAGCCCAUCUUCGGGAGCACGAGAGCCCUGGGACGAAUCGACAUCGGCGAUUCCACUGUCCCAAAUGCACGCAUACGUUCAUCAACGAGCAGAACUAUGUGUCCCACGUGCAGAGAAACGAUUGCACCGCAGUUUAGCCCACUAUAGCAUAUGUACAAUAGAUAAUUAUUAAGGCCUAAUCCCGACCAUUAUCAUGAUCACCAUUCUGUCAAAUAAAAUGGAAACAUUUGGCAAUUUACGUUCUAUCCAUGUACUUUUUUUUAUUAAAUCUAUAUGCAUUUUGCUCACAAAUAAAAUAUGUUUGAUAUAAUAAAUUUAUCCGUUA